CUCCAGUCUUAGCUCGAGGCGUUGUCAGCCCCCACCAGGAAUUAGUCUAGUGACUUGGGAGCAAGACCUUUGUCUUCUCCAAGUCGACAACAGCAUCUCAAAAUAUCCGUGCCACCAUCAAUGAAUACGGUCGGGCAUCCGGUGCCUAUUCGCUCGCACGCAUCGCAUGGCAUGUUGAGAGCACUCAUACGCGAGAGUAGAUACGAAUUUGUCGAUUCAAGGUGACCGCCACCGCCAUCCACAAAACCCGACGCCCUUUACUCAUCUGUGGAACCCCGCCGCCGCCUUCGUGCUCUCUGUCUUACCGCAUCUCGCGCGCCACUCCAUCCCACCCCAACUCUAAGUCACGAUGCCCGACGGUGCAAGUAUCGCUGGCCGGAGCCUGGUAUCGGCCGACAGCCCCAACACCGAUGUUGGCUCCAUCACGAGCGCCCAGGACGGCUACGAUCCGCAGCAAAUAUUGGCGCUUGCGCGCCAUCCUCCUCCUGGCGCCUCCGUCUAUUCACCCUCUGCAAUCCCAUCAAACGCCCUCAAUCCGCGCAGCUGUGUGACAUGCAGGAGGAGGAAGGUUCGCUGCGAUAAGCACAUGCCAUGUUCGAACUGCUGCCGAGCCCAGAUACCAUGUAUCUUCCCGGCCCCCGGCCGCGCUCCUCGUCGUCCGCGCCCCAAAGAUCCCAAUGCCCCGGCCAAGCAACCGUCGAGUGAGCGAGAGUUGGAGUUGAUGAGGCGCUUGCGGAAACUUGAGGGAAUUGUGGAGGAGCUCAGCGGUCAGAUCGAGGUGGAAGCAGCGCGCAGCGCCGGAAACUCUCCCGAGGGGACGACGGCGUACAACAGCGGACAAGACCAUUAUACACCUGGGGGGAGACCACCUGCUCCUGCUUAUUCCACCAGCCAUGCUGCUAUCACCGCCAACGUCACCACGCCCGACAUCCCGAAGGCGCCAACAAGAACUAUUUCCGGGACGGCUAUUUCCGAGCCGGACCGGCUUGGCAAGCUUUCACCGGAUGUGCACAAGCAAUUCGGACGCUUGAUGUUGAACGAGCGAGGAGGCACACGUUAUGUGUCCAGCGGGCUUUGGUCCAGUAUUACGGAUGAGCUGGACGAGAUCAGAAGGGAAUCUGAACACUUUCACGAUGAGUCAGAAGACUCGGACGACGAAGCUACCCCCGAGUCCUCUGAGCAUGUAAAACCUUCGGUCCUAUCUCAUCAAUCUUGGAUUAUGGGCUAUAGCUCGUCCGAAGUUGAUCUCAGGCCUCUGCACCCAUUACCAUCUCAGAUCCCGUUUAUCUGGCAGGUAUUCCAGGAAAAUGUUGAUCCGAUCCUCAAGGUGCUCCAUGUUCCCACCAUGAACAAGCUCAUUCGAGAUCUCCGACGCAACCUAGACACUCUCACGCCCUCCACCGAGGCCUUGAUGUUUUCCAUCUAUUACGCAUCCAUAACAUCUUUGGAUGAAGAAGAGGUCCGACGUAAUUUCGAUGCCGAGAAGGAUGUUCUACUUCAAAAAUAUCGCUUCGCAUUGGAACAAGCGCUUGGCAAAGCUAACCUCUUAACGACGCCGGAUCUGGUGGUGGCACAAGCAUUCCUUCUGUUCUUGGUCCUUGUUCGUCGACACGAUGAUACAAGGUUUGCCUGGACUUUGACAGGACUUCUGAUCAGGAUCAGCCAAGCAUUGGGACUCCACCGCGACGGGACCCAUUUCGACAACAUCACGCCUUUUGAGAUUGAGAUGCGAAGAAGGCUUUUUUGGGCUGUCUGCGUGCUGGAUCUUAGAUCAGCCGAGGAUCAAGGGACGGAUCUUACUGUUGUGGACCAGACAUUCGAUACGCAAUACCCCAUGAACAUCAACGACACCGACAUCUCCCCAGAGAGCAAAUGUCUCCCCGAACCGCGGGUUGGAACUACCGACAUGACCUUUUCGUUGAUCCGAUACGAGAUGUGCUCCUUGGCCAGAAGCUUGCACACCAUGUCUUCGGCCAUGGCAACAGUGAACCCCCGUGAGGCGGGCGUUUCGCUUGAAGAGCGGGAAAAAAUGCUGGUAGACACUCAACGACGCGUGGAGGAACAAUAUCUCAAGGACAGUUCAGAGCCCAUGUACUGGGCAGCCGCCAACAUCACGCGGGUCAUCUGUGCCAAGAUGAUGCUUGUCAUCUACCAGCCAGUUUUGUUUCCGGGUCCGGGUAAUGAGUAUCUUACAGACGAAGUGCGAGGUCGUCUGUUCAAUGCCUCUCUCGAGGUAUUUGAGUACGCUCAUAUUUUGAACACGGACGAAAGGUGCAAGCAAUGGCGAUGGCUCUUCCAGACCUAUAGCCAGUGGCAUGCAGUUGCUUACACCCUGAUCGAGGUGUCUCAUAGGCCAUGGGGUCCAAAAGCUGAGCGUGCUUGGACAGCGUUAAAUCUAAGGUUCGCAGCUCCCAAUUCUGCCGAACUAGAGAAGCUUGCGGGCCAUCAUGCGGUGUGGGUGCCCUUGAGGAAGUUGUACGACAAGGCAGCAAAACACCGUGCAGCUGAGAUUGCGCGACUUCAAAACGACCCCGACGCUGCACGGGAGCUGGAGUUGAGGGACCGCUGCAACACAGCUCCUACCAGUAUUCGCGAAAUCCCGGGAUCGAUGAAACGUGUGAUGGCUCUCGAACAGUGGCGCAAAUUGGUCAAUGCACCACCUCUGCCACAGGAGUUGCUGGACGAACAAGCAGAAGAGGCCCAUGAACCGGCACAAUCAGGGACAUCGGCUUCUCGAGGGCAGCAUCAGCAACUAGCCGGCCAAGCCCAACCAAUACUCUCACAGCUGAAUAACAAUACCCACGUGAGGAUGGCGACUAAGCCCGAGGUCAUGGACUACAUUGACUCGGCCAUGAGCAACUCUACCCCCUUUGUCUCAACAGACUUCGCUCCCUUAUUUUACGGGGACAUGGCCGAUUAUGUUCACCAUACCCAGGCCUUUGGAUAUCCUCCAUCCGGACUGGACUUCAAUGCGGCCCCCACACCGAACUACAACAACUCUACUUCGUCGUUAGGAACACCGGUACAGCUACAGCCACAACAACGUCAGCAGGCACAGCAGCAACAUCUCCAACAGCAGCAGCAGCAGCAGCAACAACAACAACAACAGCAACGCGGCAUGCAGCAGUCCCCGCAGCAACUGGAGCAGGUGCCCCCUUGGAUGUGGCCCAUCAACACAGGAUCGCCUGAUUUCCUGCGGAUGCCGAACAUGGGUAGUUUGGACGAUGUAGAUAUGAACGUAGACGAGGGCUUUGACUGGCAAAACUGGCAGGAGAGUCUGGGGAGAUAUGAACUGGAGACGACGGGCGGGAGGACGAGCAGUACGUGGGGGCCUGGCAUUUGAGGUGCUCACGUAGCAGAUGGAAAGAAGAAGACGCAUGGAAAUGGGGUUGGGCGCAGAGCAUUGUGCAUGAUGUGUGGACAUUGAUGGUGGCUUAUUUUGUGUUGCAACUGGAAAAAGUAUGUAAGGUGGUACUACCUUAUUGAUUGAUAGAUACCCGGAUGGAUAGUUAGAUUAGACGGAAAUUAUAGACAGAUAGGCGACUUGUAAUAAUUAGAUUGAAUUGCAUAACUGUCGAUG